AUGGCUCUCGAUGAUCCCAUGGAACUCGAUGAUCAACGAGGUCAGGAGGUCGCCACCGUCGUUGUUGAACAGACGAACAUUCAGGAGGUCAACCAUGUUGACGUGUCUCUUUCCAUGCAUCACAACAUGAUCUCCAUAGAAGAGGUAGAUGCACUGGGACUCGUGAAUGCUGAUUUUAACAGUGAAUCAUCGCCUGUUCGCGAAGAGAACUUCUUGUGUGAAGAUAACGAGACUACUGUCAAAAUGAAUGAUGCAUUUAGAACACCAAUGAAGAAAAAACAACAUGUUCUUGAGAAAGGGAUGUUGUUUGAUGACAUGGAAGCGGCUCAUAAAUUUUACAUGGAAUAUGCACAUAGUCUUGCUUUCUCUGUUCGUAUAGGUCAACAGAAAUUAGAUGCUAAUGGAGUGGUUAUCUGGAAGCGGUUCUUGUGUGCAAGAGAAGGGUAUAAAAGAGAAAAAGAAGAAGGCGCUAGUGGUUCAUCAUCAAAGGGUCGCAGAAGUAGGGAGUCGAGAUGUGGAUGUCCAGCUUAUAUUUAUGUUAAACGCACUCUUGAAGAUUGGUGCAGGGGGUUUUGAGUAUGUUGGAUGCACAAAAAAGGAUUUGCAG